AUGAACCGUGCCAGCACUGUUGCCUAUCGUGACCUCAAGCUUCAGUCAUUUGGGGAAAUGCAAGUCGAUGUUUCUUUACGAAAGAAAGCACUUGAACAGGUAUGGGCUGCAACCGUCGCUAACGAGAUAACUGGUCGGAAGGGAACGGCCGGCCAAUGGCAGUCGAUUCAUGUAGCUCGUGGAAUGUCCUCUUCUAGAUUGCGCCAGAAUCAUCUGGAAUCUAACAUCUGA